GAUGAAAACCGGUAUAAUGCGAGCAGAGGUGCACACUUAAAUCUCAAGCGGGCUGAGAAGGCCCGGAUCUUGGUCAGCAAAAUUCCAGCUCUUGUUGACUCCUUGGUUGCCAAAACUGGGACAUGGGAACAAGAACGUGGCAUAUCAUUCACUUAUGACGGGGUUCCUCUACUUGCCAUGCUGGACGAGUAUGCAAUGCUCAGGCAAGACAGAGAAGAAGAGAAAAGGAGGUUGAGGGAUCAGAAGAAGUUCCAUGACCAAUUUAGCAAAGAACAAGAAGCUAUUUUCGGUGCAACACCUAGCCCUGCUCGACCACUUGGUACGAAGAAGGUAGUAGGCCCACGUGCAAAUGGGGGUGCAAACGGAAGUGCAAGCAGACGGCUCUCUUUGAAUGCUCAUCAAAAUGGUUCCAGGUCCACAAGUAAAGAUGGGAAGAGGGACAACACAAGGCCAGUUGCUCCUGUGAACUAUGUUGCUAUAUCAAAAGAGGAUGCUGCCUCGCACAUAUCUGGCAUUGAACCUGUUCCAACCACACCCUGAUAAAUAUGAGAAUCUGUAGGUUUAUACCAUUGUGAAAUUGCUGUUUGUUAUUACUAGCUUAGUUGCUGGAAUAGGGAUAAUCUUUGAAGAGUGAGUGUUUCUAAAGUAGAGAGACUGUGUAGCUUUUUGUGUUAUAUUAGCACUAAACUAUUAAUCUCUAACUAACUCAUGCUCGCUUUCUUUGUUUGUGCUCACGAUCUAUUUGGGAUCCCUAAUUGGAGCAACCUCCUUCACCCGACUUGGUUUUUACCAUACCCCGAUCAUGUAGCAUGGCG